AUGGCACUCCUCGGGAGUCAAAUUGUGAUCAGCAUGAUCAUGGCUUGCAUUCUCCACAAACUUUCCUUCAAGUUCUCCUUCGCUCGCUGGCUCCUUGGGCGCCGACUAUUCACGUAUGUGCCUCCAACGGUGAACGAAUUGAAGAUUGCUGAAGGUAUCAAGGAAGACAAGAAGCAGAAGAAAAAGGGUCCCGAACCGGAUUACAAGAUCAGUAAAAACGUCGACGUUGCACUGGAGACCGUUCCGAUAUCUGCUGAUCAUUUCGCAGAACUCUAUUUCUAUCCCGAGUACCAGUGGCUGUUAGACUUCAUGGCCUACACUUCAACGUUCUACAUUAUAACUGAAAUAUAUCUCUUCAUGAGGCCAAAUCUGUCAGAAGUGAAUAUGUCCGUGCUCUGGUGCCUCCUGGUCGUCCUUUUCGCACUCCGGACCCUCGUCUCCCUAGCGAAGAUCUACUUCCGCUCGGACGAAACUUCUGCGGAGCGCUCCAUGUGUUUAGUUUGCGGACUCAUCUACCUGCUCAUCGCCAUGCUGAUCUUGGUCGUGGAUGAGAAAUGGCUUGAAUUCGAGCUGCGGGACGCGUAUGAUAGUUUCAAAACGUCCGUGACGGAUUUCAGCCGCGAGAUUUCCUUGGAAUCUGCAGGCCCCACCUCGGAAUUGAUUUUCAAGUUGAGCUUAGCGGCAUGGGCUGGAAUCAUUGGGGCACUCCUUGUGUUCCCGGGCAUCCGCUUCGCCCAGAUGCACCGAGACCUUCUCGGCAGCGAGUCGGUCGGACCUCUCGGAAAGAUGCUCGUUCACCUCAAUUUCAUUUUUCCACUGCUCGUCCUGAGCAUGUGGGUCACUCCAAUCGCGAGGGAAUAUUUCACAUCUCGAGUUUUCGGUGGAAUGUCGGGUCCGAUCCUGACUUCGGAUCAAUUCGAUACUAGCCGGAUCAUCGUCAUCGUUACCAUGUGUAUGCUGCGUCUGUGGCUUUUGAACAAGUAUUUGCAGGCGUACAUGAACGUGGCGCAGAAAAAAGUCAAUAGUCUCCAGAAAGAGGCGGGGCGUAUUCGGAUCUCUGAAUUCCGGAAAACAAUUUCGAAUGUGUUCAACUACUCGUGCGUGGUAGCCGUGCAAUACGUGACCCCCGCGGUCCUCUUGCUUUUCUCAGUCCUCCUCCUCAAAACGCUCGGUGACUACAGCUGGACAGGUGCAGCGGGGACGACGCCGGUACCAAAAAUCGACGAUCGAUUGCCUUUCUCGCUGCAGAGGCUGAAGCAAGUUCUGACGCCAGCCUUGUUCAGGGGAAUAUUCAACUUCACCACAUGGUGGCUAUCAGCUUCUAUCUUCUUCAAUAGCAUCAUAGGCUAUGCGUUCUAUACGUACAACGAGAAGGCGUAG